UCGCGAGCCAGAGAUUAGACUAGUCGUCGAACGGUGAAGUUUGAAAGAUGUACGAAGCGGCGAACGUCUCUGACGAUGCAGAUCGUACGGCAUUCCGGCGAGCUGAGAAAAAAUACAAACUUUACUAUGAACAGGAUUCUAAAUUCUCUAGAAAGAAGAAGCUCCCAAAGCCGAUUGAUUUGUCUGAAUUGCUUGAUUUCGAUUUGAUUCUAAAAGAUUUCAACAAAACUAGUGUUUUGCCUGACGGAAUUAGGGUUGUCGAAGUUGAUUCUUCCCCUGUGUUCUGCAUCGAGAAUCGACCCGGUUUUUACUUUAUCCCUGGUGCAUUGAGCUUGGAGGAGCAAUGCAAAUGGAUCAAAGAGAGCUUGACGAAUUUUCCGCAGCCUCCUAAUAGAACAAACCACAAUGCUAUCUAUGGUCCUAUUGCUGAUUUGUUUGAUUCAGCUAAACAAAACAAGGUAUUGGUUCAAGAGGAUCUUACCGACAACAGAUGGAAGUUUUAUGAAGAAGAAGGUAUUGCAAAAGCAAAACAAGGAAGUUGCAAAUCAGUUUCUGCUUCAGUUCUUUUGAGGAAGCUUCGUUGGAGCACCCUUGGUCUACAGUUUGAUUGGUCCAAGCGUAACUAUGAUGUUGCUCUCCCUCAUAACGACAUCCCUGAUGCACUCUGUCAAUUAGCUAAGAAACACGCCGCCAUUGCGAUGCCUGCCGGGGAGGAAUUUCGUCCAGAGGGUGCAAUUGUAAACUAUUUUGGCUUAGGUGAUACCCUUGGAGGCCACCUUGAUGACAUGGAAGCUGACUGGAGUAAACCCAUAGUAAGCAUGAGCCUGGGAUGUAAAGCUAUUUUCCUCUUAGGCGGAAAAUCGAAAGAGGAUCCUCCUCAUGCUAUGUAUCUCAGAAGUGGAGAUGUUGUACUAAUGGCUGGAGAUGCCAGAGAAUGCUAUCACGGCGUACCCCGUAUCUUUACGGACGAAGAGAAUGCAGAAAUUGGCGUGCUUGAAUCAGAGUUGUCCCGUGAAAGUGGAAAUUUUUUCGCUGAAUACAUUAAAACUUCGAGGAUCAAUAUAAACAUCAGGCAAGUUUUUUGAGUUCCCUGAAUGCUCCUGGUGUCUAUAUAAGCAUCUGUAUUAGCAUGGAGCGAGAAGAUUCUAGAAGCAUCCCCUUGUUAUGUUGCACUAUUUUGGUUACUUAUGUCCUUAGGAUCAUAGAAUCUCUUGAUUAUGUAAGAUAUGACCGAAACUGGGGUACGGUUCAUACACAAGCAGAUUAGUUUCUGCUGAAAUUUUGAGGUUAUAGACUGUUAUUGUCUUAUUGAGAACAAUUGUAUAAUUAAUUACAAAAAGGGAACAUCAUUUUUCAGA